UUUGCACUCUAGGACCUUUUCCGAAACGCAACCAUGAAGCUCGAUGCAAAGCUUCUCAGGUAUAUGUCAAAUGAUGAGUUUCGAGUUCUCACAGCUGUUGAGAUGGGGUCUCGCAACCACGAAGUGGUACCCACUCGGUUGAUCGCUCACAUUGCAAAGCUAAAGUCGGGUGGAGCAACCAAGAUACUUGGGGAGCUUGCGAGAAACAACCUUGUUGCAAGAGUGCAGAACGCAAAGUAUGAUGGGUAUCGCCUAACGUAUGGUGGUUACGACUAUCUCGCUUUGCGUACAAUGUCCAAACGUGGGGCCAUUCACUCGGUCGGAAACCAAAUUGGAGUUGGCAAAGAGUCCGAUAUCUACAUUGUAGCCGACGAAGAAGGAAACCAGCGAGUUUUAAAACUGCACAGAUUGGGGAGGACAUCCUUUCGAAAUAUCAAGGAGAAGCGGGAUUAUCUUCGGAACCGCAACGCUGGCUCUUGGCUGUACCUGUCUCGACUGGCGGCAAUGAAGGAGUAUGCUUUCAUGAAAGUACUACACGAAAACGGAUAUCCGGUACCGGAACCAGUGGAUCAGAAUCGUCAUUGCAUUGUCAUGGGCCUGGUGGAUGCAUAUCCACUAUGUCAAGUGCACGAUGUAGAAGAUCCGGGAAAGCUGUACUCGGCAUUGAUGAACCUCAUUGUGCGUCUGGCUUGCGCUGGGCUCAUACAUGGAGACUUUAACGAAUUCAACCUUUUGAUUAACGACCGCGAUGAACCUAUUUUGAUUGACUUUCCGCAAAUGGUUUCCACUUCUCAUCGAAAUGCGGAAAUGUAUUUCAACCGAGAUGUCGACUGUAUUCGGGCUUUUUUCCGAAAACGGUUCCAUUACGAGAGUAAGCUCUACCCAAAGUUCACCCGAGAUACCGAGCGGGAGUUUUCUUUGGAUGUUGAGGUGGCAGCUAGUGGCUUCACGAAGAAGCAACAAGAAGAGCUUGAGAAGCUACAAGAAGAAUUGGGGGAUCAAUCUGAUGAUAGCGGGUCGGAAGAGACGGAUGACGAGGAAGCAAGCACUGACGAAGAUGGAGAUGUGGAAACGGAAAGGGAUGCGGCUACUGUCGAGGACGAGCUAUUGCAGGAGGUUCCCUCAAGCGACAACCUUGAUAUAUCCGAAGCUGAUAGUCAGCACUUGAUGGAGAGCCUGAACGAGAGGGUGCAUACUUUGGCAAUUGAUGAUUCGCAGUCGCGUGUUCCAUCUAUGUUGCAGGAGCGGGAUCAACUGGAACAAGCGCCAUCAGGAUCCGAAUCGGAGGAAGAGGAGGAGGUGGACGAGGACAGGAUAUUGAGGAAUUGACA